AUGGCCUUCACAGCCACGCGGACCCUACUCCCCAUCGAGGUCCUCAACGAAAUCCUCGACCACGCCGCCGACGACCAUCGCACGCUGGCCGCCUGCGCGCGUGCGAGCCCCGCGCUCCUUCCCCGCGCCCGCACGCACCUCUGGAGGGACGUGGCGGUGUACUGCGACUGGGACGAGAUGGACCGGGACCUGUUCGGGACGCACGUCUACGCCGGCGCGCACCAGCCGUCGCCGCAGACGCGGCACGUCUUCCUGGACGCGUUCGCGGCGGCGGUGGACGCGACGCCCGCGCUCGCGCCGUGCGUGCGCACGUUGCGGCUCUACCAGCGCCUCAUGGGCUCGCACCGGUCGCGGUUCGCGGCGGAGCGCGCGCGGGUGCUGGGGCGGCUGACGGGCCUGCGGACGCUCACGCUCGACUCGAUGCGCGUGCGGUCGCUCGCGGACUGGUGCGCGAUCGUGAGGCUGCCGCUGGGGCUGGAGGAGCUGGUGUGCCGCUCGACGGCGGUGGACGUGGGGCCUCCGGGUCUGCGGGUGGGGCUGGGGCUGGGGGCUGGGGAGCGCGCUGGAGGACGGGAGCUAGCGCUGAGGAGGGUGACGAUGCAGCAGUGCAUGAUCACCCAGACGUUCUGCGCGCUGGAGGGGAGGCAGAGUCUGGAGGCGGCGGCGCUCGAGCAGCUGCAGAUCAGCGGGGGCGAGCACGCGCACCAGUGGUAUGCGCUCAUUCGGGCGGGCACGAGGACGUUGCGCCAUCUGGUGGCGGUGAACGGUGAGGCAGUUACGGAUGGAGAGCCAGCGACGAGCACCACUCGGCUUUUCGGCCUGCUAAGAUUGUGUUCGGGUCUCCGGUAUCUUGGCCUCCGCCACCAGCCGCACAACAGGGAGCAGACGAUGGAGGGGACACUCCUCCAGUCGCUCUGCGAGCUCCUCGAGAGCGAUCCUCCGUUGCGGUUCACGCUGGAGAACCUCAUGCUUCUCGUUGUCGAGCGGAACGGGGUGAUCGUUGGGGUGACGUAUUCUCUCGUGGACCGUCUGGCGAAGGUCCUGCUCGACAGGCGGCGGUUUCCUGCGUUCAAGAGGCUGACAGUGUGGCUCGACGGCCAGAUAUGGAUGGAGUGGUACAGCUCGUGGAUCCUGACGGGGAACGUGGCGGUCAUGCAGGAGAGGGCCAAGACGUUGAGGGACGCCUUCGAGGCGUUUGGAGACCAUGUGGAGGUGAAGCUUCGCUGUGUCGCUGGCGGACCAGGCACUCAAUGA